GGAGUAGGGGGACGAGGAUUGGCAGGACGAGGAUGAAGAAGGAGAAGCGGGGGAGGAGGAGGUGACGACGAUGAAGGAGGAGGCCAUGGCGAUGGAGGCCACGGCGAUGGAGGAGGAGGAGGAGGAGGAGGAGGAGGAAGAUGAGGACGACGAAGAAGAAGAGGAGGAGGAGGAGGAGGAGUGGGAGGGGGCCAAAGAAAGGGACGAGGUGAAGGAGGAGGAGGAGGAGGACGACGACGACGACUGGGAUGGUGCUGAAGUGAUUGGCUGCGGCGAUGGAGGCGGCGAUGAUGAUGGAGGAGGAGGAGGUGGAGGAGGAGGGGGAGGAGGWGGAGGAGGAGGAGGCCGUGGCGACGUUGUAGUAGGUGGAAAGAAGGAGAAAGACGAAGACAAAGAGGAGGAGGAGGAGGAGGAGGAGGAAGAAGAGGAGGAGGAGGAGGAGGAGUAGGAGGAGAAGGAAGACGAGGAGAAGGAGGAGGAGGAGAACGAAGAAGAAGAGUAGGAAAGGGACAAGGAGGAGGAGGAGGUGGAGGAGGAGUGUGCUGGCCGACGUCGGAGUCCGGCAACGACAACAGCAAACUCCGGCGACACCGAGCAGGCCAAGACGCACGGGGGAGGGUGCCAGGGGCCCCGAUUUGGAAUUUGAAAAUGGCCCAAUCUGGGCCGUCGAUCUCACAGAUCU